AUUCCCUUUGUCAGCAGCCACUAUGAAAAGCGCAUUACAGAGAGACUUCGUAGAAAUCCCCAUUCCAUUCCCUACUCACUAAUGCCACACUCUCCUCCACUUCUCCAGAGAAACCCUAGUUUGGAAGGAGCAGCAGAAGAGAUCGAAGCAAAAUCCUUGCGACAAUGGUGACCUUCCCCAUCUCCAGAGCGUCGUGGUUAGUUGAUGGCAAGAGAUUUGCAACGAAAAUCAAGAGUGCAUCUGAGGCAUUUGAUCCUAGCAAAGUCAAAUGGAAAAGCAAUCCAACAAAGGCUUGUCCAGAGUGCAACCAUAUCAUCGAUAACAGUGAUAUCACUCAAGAGUGGCCGGGUUUACCCAAAGGUGUGAAAUUUGAUCCAUCUGAUCAGGAGAUUAUUUGGCAUCUACUUGCAAAAGUUGGUGAGGGGGAUGCGAAACUCCAUCCUUUUAUCGAUGAGUUCAUUUUAACUGUUGAUAAAGAUGAAGGAAUUUGCUAUAGCCAUCCUCAGAGACUACCAGGUGUUAAGCAGGAUGGAAGUGUGUCCCAUUUCUUCCAUAGAGCAAUCAAAGCUUACAACACUGGAUCACGAAAGCGUCGGAAAAUACUCGGUGAUGAUCUUGGUGAUGUCCGUUGGCAUAAAACUGGCAGGACCAAACCUGUAUGCUUAGAUGGGAUACAGAGAGGAUGCAAGAAGAUUAUGGUUCUCUAUAUGAGCUUGGCAAAGGGUGGGAAACCUGAGAAGACUAAUUGGGUUAUGCACCAAUAUCACCUUGGCACAGGAGAGGAUGAGAAGGAUGGAGAAUUUGUCAUUUCAAAAAUAUUUUAUCAGCAACAAGGAAAACAGGGUGAGACGAUUGAACAAGACGUGCCUUCUGAUGUGCCUGAAGCUGCAAUUGCAAAAGUUGAUCCACUCACUCCGAAAUCUGUGCCUCCUGAACCUCGUCGUACUGAAAAGCGACAUUCUGACCUUAAUGUUGGACAAUCAACUUCAAGUACUUCAGUAAAACUCUCUGUCCUGCAUCCUGAGAUACGAGAUGUUAAAGAUGGGGUGCAACUUGCAAUUGGAAAUUUUAAUGGAGAAGAUCACCUUGUAAUGGAAGAUCAUGAUACCCAGUAUUGUAAUCUUGACCUUCCACGAGAAUCUACAUUUAGUUGCAUGAAACCGUCCCAGCAUCCUGAAACUACAUAUGUUGAAGAUGGGGUGGAAGUUGCAUGGGAAAAGGUCAAUGAUCAAGAUAACCGAGAUGUGGUAAAUCAAGAUGACCACAUGGUGGAUGAUUAUGGUCACAAUGAGGAAGAUCCAAAGUGGUGGGAAGGAGAAUCACAGUUUAUUUUAGAUUCUCAGCAGCUUGUGGAAGGUCUGUCUUUAUGUGAUGAGCUCCUUCAGAGUCAGUCCUCGAAUCCUGAUGGAGAUGGUGAAGAAAGAAAGGCCAAACCCUGUCUUUCUGAGUAUGCUCACUUAGGGCCAGAAGAUCUAAAAAGGGAUUUAGAAGAUUGCCAAAAUUUGGGACUUGAUCACGGAGAUAUUGAACUUGAUACACCCUCAGAUUUCAGACUCAGCCAACUUGAGUUUGGAUCACAAGAUAGCUUUUUUGCUUGGGCCGGGACCAAGGCAGGUGAUUGAAUGACGUAUGCGCGUUCCUUGGUAAGAUGGUCCCAAUUUUUUGUUGCUCUAUCAGCUCCUGCAAGUGUCUCGUUUUGGUACAUAUGCAAAGACAGGUUUCAAGGAAGUAUAUGUUUUAUUUAUUUUUGGUCACACUAAGAUUGUUUGUCGGUAGCUCUAUCUGCUACUGCAGCUGUUUCAUUUUGUUAUAUAUAUGUAGAGCUUUUACUACAAUAUCCUUGUGUAAGUUGACAAUGCCAUACUGAAUUGGCAGGUAUAGACAAUGUCAUUGAAGUCGGUAUUUGAGAUAUAGACUAAUUCAACUGUUCAGUUA